AUGCUAUUACCUCGCCGGGGGCUUGCACUCCGCCCUCCUCGAUUUAGUCGGGGACUACGGGCACAAGCUCAACACUCGAAUGGUCCAGAGGGCCCGCAUGAACGCGCUUUUCCUCGGCAAACAGGACUGCAUUCACCUCCCCUGGCUAUGGCUACCCCGAGGCAACUUUCCCAGUACCUCGAUCAGUUCGUUGUAGGUCAAGACUAUGCAAAGAAAGUCCUCAGCGUUGCGGUGUUUAACCACUACCAACGAAUUCACACUCAUAUGGCGGCACUAGAAGCCAAUGCAUAUCUUGAAGAGCGGCGCAACUUCCCGCAGCCCCCUUAUCCUUCGACCGAUCCGGCUGCGUCAGUUUCGACAGCUCACAUACGACCACUUCGCAAGCCACAAACACUACCUCCCUUGCCCACACAACUUUUCGAUAAGAGCAAUGUGUUAAUAAUUGGUCCAACAGGAUCUGGUAAAACUUUACUUGUUAGGACAUUAGCCAAAAUUUUGGAUGUUCCGUUCUCUGUCAGCGAUGCAACUUCCUUUACGCAGGCCGGUUAUGUUGGAGACGACGUCGAUGUUUGCAUCCAACGGCUUGUCACUUCUGCCAAUGGAGACCCAGUUCGAGCAAGCAUGGGCAUCGUUUACAUUGACGAAGUCGACAAGAUUGCCAAGAAAUCUGGAACGGAUGGAACUCGGGACGUAGGAGGUGAAGGAGUGCAACAGUCCCUUCUUCGGAUGAUGGAGGGCUCUACCGUUACUGUCGCUGGUAAAGGCGGGGAUGCGCUGGGCGGAAAGUCUGAUUCGCAGUAUCAUGUUGAUACGACGAAUGUGCUCUUCGUCCUCAGUGGGGCAUUUGUCGGCUUGGACAACGUGGUCAAGACCCGACUAACAGAGAAUCGCGGAGCAAUGGGAUUCUCAUCUGGCAACUUCUUCACUUCCACAAAAGUUCUGGACUACAGCAUAGAUCCCAGUGACCUCGUCAAAUACGGGUUUAUUCCCGAGUUUAUCUCUCGCGUGCCUUCUAUAGCGACGCUUUCGCCACUCACAAUUGCCGACAUGCGACGAAUACUCACCGAAGUCAAAGGAUCACUGAUAUCUCAAUAUCAAGCCCAGUUCGGGAGCAUUGGGGUCGAGAUCAAGUUUACCAGUGCCGCUCUUGAUGAGGUCUGUAGGAAAGCUCUUGAGCGGGGUGGCGGUGCUCGAGCUUUACGCGGUAUCCUGGAGCGGGUAUUAUUAGAACCAAUGCACGAUGUGCCUGGAUCGCAUAUUCGUCAUGUCCUGAUCACAGACCGGACGAUCCGUGGUGAGGGACCUGCGCAAUGCUGGCCUCAAGGUGAUGCCACACUUUCAUUCUGGGAGGCAUGGGCGGCUGAGGAGAGGGAGUAUCGGGAGCAGGAGGACCACAAGGACUAA